AUGGCAGGAAUUCUAUAAUAAUCAACUCAUGAAUAGCAUACAUUUUAAGAACUGAUAAAUUAAAAAGAUUAAGAAAUAUAGAAUUUGUAAGAGGAAUUAAAAAUUAUUCAUUAGCAUAUAGAAUAAAGAAUGAAUAAGUCUGUGAUUAGUAAUCACUCUAAAAAGAGUUAAAAUAUUGUCAAAUUUGAAGAGUUUGCUGAUAUUGAUGAAAAUGAUAUUAAUGAAUAAUCAGAUGAGGAAGAAGAAAUAAUGAAAGAAAAAUUAAAAUUACAAAAAGUUCUUCAAGAAAAUGAUGAAAAAAUUAGACGAAUGGAAAUCUAAUUGGAAUAAACUUAAAAAUUUGCAAAAACAAAGAUUAACUAGGAAUUAUCAAAUUUGUAAAUUUAAUUGAACAAUUAAAAUAAAGUUAUUGAAGAAUUGAACACUUUGAAUUCUAAUCAAUUCAAAAUAUUAGAGUAAAAAGAAAAGGAGAUUCAAGAUUUAAAAGAAGAGUUAAAUAGAUAUUAUUAAUAAAAAGAUCAUAUAAUAAAUAAAUCUAAUUAUAGUAAUAGUUUUGGUUCUGAUAAUGAAAAAGAAACUGCAGAUUAAUAGCAAUUGGAAAAAAAGCAGGAUGACAAUUUCGAUAUACAAAGAUAGGUUGAAAUACAAAAUAAGUAAAUAGAAUAAAAUUUAAAAAAAACCCUUAAUGAAGCCAUUGAUAUAUAAUAGCCUAAGAAUGAGUGUCUAAAGGAGGAAUCUCAAAAUAAUAAAGAUUGUUUAAAUUGA